GUAAACAUAAAAGUUUCAUCGCAGUUUUCUCUUAAUUAAAGCAUAUUCCUGCAGUUUACCUUAUAACAAGCAGAACUAUCAAGCAGUUAAUGUUAAAAUCAAUUGAAAAUGGAUGGAUUAAUUAAGCAGGAAUAUGAAAAUUCAUUAGUUUACACAAUUGAUAACAAUACAGAACUAGAGUUUCUUGAUCGAAAGACAAUUUUAGUAAUUGAUAAGGACAGGUUUCUUGUAUGCAAGCAGUUUAUGCUUGAAAAUGCACCAGAUGAGGAUUAUGCUGAAUUUCUGAAUAUUCCUACUGAAAAAGUUCGGUAUUUCAAACAUAAAAUGCAAAUCUUUGAAGAUUCCAUUAGAGCUCGGAGACGAGCAGCACGAUUAAAUGCUCAACGACGAAAAAAGAUUAAACCAGUGAGAAAGAAGCGAGAAAUUUCAUCUGAGGAACGAUUUAAAAAGGCAAGAGAAUUAAUUAGUAAGAAUCACAGUACAAAUCAGAUAUCCAAGAUUCUAAGGAUUAGUGAGCGGUCUGUAACGAGAUUUAAAAAGAGAAUUAGAGAAGAAAAACAAAAAUUGAAAGCUGAAGGCAAGAUCCAGAGCAGUCCAAAUGAUCCAGACGAUGAUGAUUCAUUUAAAUAUCUUUCACAAACUGAAAAAAUUAAGCGUGCUAAGGAACUCUUUCAUAAGCAAUUAAAAAUUCAAGAUAUAUCGGAAAUACUUCAAAUUAGUGAGCGAAGUGUUCGACGUUGGAAAGAUCGUAUUACGAAAAUUGAACUAGAUGAGACGUUGAUGGAAUCAGUAAAGUCUGAAAAUGUCUCAAAAACCAAGGAAAACAAAAUGGACAGUGAUAUAGAAGACAUGAAGCCAAAGCGUAAACGAAGAGCUUAUUUAGAUCGUGAUAAGGUCCAAUACGCAACAGAAUUAAUUGAAAAUGGGCUGAGCAAUAAGGAAAUGUCAAUGCUUUUGGAAAUGUCAAUAGCAUGUGUACGAAAAUUAAAGACUAAAAUCUUGAAUGGAACUGCAGAAGAACUAAUUGAUGAUAGUGAGGAACACUAUAAACGAGUUAAUAGUUCACAAGAAGAAAUUGGAAGUGAUCCUUUAAAUGUUUCACCUCAAAUAGUCAUGCCAACAAUCUCACCAAAAAUGGCUUGUGAAAGGAAGCCAAAAGUUGCUCUUAGUGAUAGAGACAUGUACAUUGUAAGACUCCUGCGUGACAAUGAAAUUAGGACAAUGGAUAUAGCAAAAAUGAUAGGAAUUAGUGAACGAUCUGUGACUCGACUGUUGUCAAAAUCAAGAGAACUUACGGUAAUCGAGUAUGAUCAAGACAUUUUACGAGAGGUGGAACGACUUAUAUCGUCCAAAGAUAUGAUAUUAAAUGAAGUCGUCAAUGAGUCAAUUACUGAUGUUUGUGAUGAAUCUAAGGAAAAUAUAGGUUUAAGUUUGCUAGCUAUGAAUGUCAAGACAAAGGACAUAGCAAAAAUGCUGGAUGUUGGAGAGAAAAUCGUACAUAAAUGGAAGUCAAAGAUGAUUAAAACUGAAAUAAAAGACGAGGAAGUAGAGGAAUAUGAAAAUAAUGAUCUUCAAGUCAGUAAUGAAUAUGUAGUUGAAUACCUAGAAUAAUGUACUAAUAUGAAUUUGUUGGCACCUAAUAAAAGAGAGAAUUAAUAUAGCAAACAAUUUUUUGGAUGUUUAUUUCUUUUAUCAUGGACAAUGUUGUUUUAUUUCUUAGCAUAAGUUCUUCGUUACAAAUUUGUUUAUGCUCUUAAAAUGCAAGCUCCUCCGGCUGCCUUGAUUUUGUUUUCAGCUUUCUGUGAGAAGUAUUUAGCUUUAACAAUAAUUGGCUGUUUUGGAAUAUGCCCACGACCCAACAUUUGAAACUUACGAAUUGAACGAUAUCAAUAACUGGAACUUUGUCGCCUUCCUUCUUUGCCUUUUCGUAGUUGUCUUGUCCAACAAGAGCCCAUAAUUUAUCAAGGUUUAGUGUUGGGCAGAAAUCAUGAUUACGAUUAAGAUGGAAGUUUCUCAUACCGACUUUUCCAAAGUAUCCAGGAUGGUAUUUAUCAAAGUUUAUUCUAUGAUGAUGCAUACCACCAGCAUUACCGCGACCACCAGAAUGCUUUCGGUGUUUACCU